CGUUAACGAACUGAAAACAAAAACAAGUCGUCUUGCAACAUCAGCCGUGUUUUUGUUGUGUCCUACGUGGUGUAAAAGUGUGAAAACAUUGUUAUCAACUUGAAUCUACACGCAGAUGGUUGUCUUAUAGGUCUGAGUUUACCAGUAACAUCGCAGCCAUGGCUCAGCAGAGAGGAGUCAACAGUCUCCAGUUCAACCAGGACCAGAGCUGUUUCUGCUGUGCUAUGGAAACAGGGGUGAGGAUUUAUAAUGUGGAGCCAUUGAUGGAGAAGGGCCACCUCGACCAUGAGCAGGUGGGCAGUGUGGCUCAGUGCUCCAUGCUGCAUCGCUCCAACCUGCUCGCCUUAGUUGGAGGGGGAGUGAAUCCAAAAUUCUCAGAAAUAUCCGUUCUGAUUUGGGAUGAUGCCCGUGAAUCACGGGACCCAAAAGACAAGCUGGUGUUAGAGUUUACCUUUACCAAGCCUGUUCUAGCUGUCCGAAUGAGGCAUGACAAGAUCAUUAUUGUAUUGAAAAACAGGAUCUAUGUGUACAGUUUUCCUGACAACCCCGUCAAACUUUUUGAGUUUGACACGAGAGAUAACCCAAAAGGUCUGUGUGAUUUGUGUCCUAGUCUGGAGAAGCAGCUGUUGGUCUUUCCAGGUCAUAAAUGUGGCAGCCUGCAGCUGGUUGAUUUGUCCAACACCAAGCCAGGUACAUCAUCUGCUCCUUUCACCAUAAACGCUCAUCAGAGUGAGAUAGCCUGUGUGGCGCUGAACCAGCCUGGCAGCGUGGCAGCAUCAGCCUCUCGCAAAGGAACUCUGAUCCGCCUUUUUGACACAACAACCAGAGACAAACUAGUGGAGUUGCGCAGAGGAACUGACCCAGCCACCCUCUACUGCAUCAACUUCAGCCAUGAUUCCUCAUUCCUGUGCGCGUCCAGUGACAAGGGCACAGUACACAUCUUUGCACUUAAAGACACCAAAUUGAACCGCCGCUCUGCACUGGCGCGUGUUGGGAAGGUGGGUCCUGUGAUUGGUCAGUAUGUGGACAGCCAGUGGUCUUUGGCCAGCUUCACUGUGCCAGCCGAGUGUGCCUGUAUUUGUGCAUUUGGAAAGAACACUUCCAAGAAUGUCAACUCUGUCAUUGCCAUAUGUGUGGAUGGCACCUUCCACAAGUAUGUGUUCACCCCUGAUGGAAACUGCAACCGAGAAGCCUUCGAUGUGUACCUGGAUAUAUGUGAUGAUGAUGACUUCUGAGGCUGGAGCUAGAUUACAUUUAGAAACAUUACUGGAAGGGCAAAGAUGUAGGACGAGAGAACGCAAUGAUGACAAAUGAGAAUGACUGAGUUAAUGAUGAUUGUUCUGUUCUGGAGACAGAUGGGAAAAUGGCCUGUGGCUGAGAAUCAGAAAUGCUGAAGCUGAGGCCUGUUUUAUCACAUAUUUGUGUUUGUAAUCAUUGUAUCUAUGUAGCAGUGUGACCAUACACUAAAUACAUUUUUUAUUAGCCUACUCUCUCAUUGUACUGUGUACAUCUGGUGAGAAAAAAAUCAUGACAUCACAUGACAAGUACAACGAUAAGCUGAGAUUCUGAAAAUAUGUCUAAUGAUACUAGAAAUGAUCACAUUAUGUGCACAGAUUGCCUUGUUAUUUCAGUCUGACUGAAGUCUUCCCACGAAGCAGUGUAACAUCUUUGGUGUCACUUCAUUUAAGUGGAGAUCACAGGGGAAGCUGAGCAUCAACACCUUCAUAUGAAUACAAGAUCAGACAAGUGUAGCUCUUAACACUAGAGCUACCAGUUUAAACCAAAAUAAAUUACAUCAAAUCACUAUGUACUUAUAAGACCAGCUGCUUCCUGGAGCUGAAACCAUUUGAAAACAGCAGCAUUUUACAUUUAUGGGAUUUGUGAAGUCAUUUUCCUGCACAUUGAAGAACAGCUGUGGAAAGAAUGAAAUCAGUCAUGAUCAUAACUUACAUUCUAGUUUAAUCAUCUUAAAAGCAUCUUUGCAAAACACUCAGUUAUGAAGUCUACUUUGAGUCGCAUGUUUAAACAGCUGAAACAUCCAUUUUUUGGUUUAUUUAGGCAAGUCAUUUAGAUGUGAAAUUCCACAGAUGACUUACCUUUACCAGGCAGGACACUGGAGUUCAAUUCAGGACUUGAACAGUUUUCUGUGAGCCCUCAGUGUCCUCUGUAACUAGGCUAAGACUUGCUCGCUUCUGCUAAUCUGUAAUUCAGAAAGUCGCCAAAAAGCCUUACUAAUAUGUAUUAGAGGUUGAAUCCUCGACCAUGCACAGUUAAUGGUGCAGUAGGUUAAACACGCAUAAAUGAGAAAUGUUCCCCUGAGCACAUGUACUGUAGAACAGAU